AAUAAGUCUCUUGUAUCAUGAUAAUAUCUGCAAUACACUAACCUGCCGCUUUCAUGCUUUUGAAAUGGCACAUAACAUGGACCGCAAUUCAACUGGAAGGGGUGUUCGACAAUUUAAAACUUCUCUUCUUCAGCGGCUUGAAAGGGAUGUAGAAAUCACAAUUGGAAAACGCAAGGAACAAAAGGAUGGACGUGAAGUAAAACGUGUCUAUCAUGCAUACAAGGACUACAUUAACAGAUAUGGCGGAGGAUUUGAUAAAAAAAAUAGAGAGAAGUUGUUAAAUGCACAGGGAAUUGCUUCUGUGUUGUAUGAAGUAUUAAAGACAGUUAUUAAUCCAGUUGGUCCUCAGGCCAUUGUUGAUAGAGACAGUAUCCAUGAAAGAUCUGAAUUUUUGGUACCAUAUAACAUUCUGCCGCUUGAUGAUGGAUGUAUUAAGCAAGCAAUUAUGGAGAUUCAUGAGAUUAAAGCCGCAAUUGAAGUUGUUCGCAAUGUUCGUGGCUUACCCUCAGCUCAGUAUUUUCAGGAGCAUGGGCAUUUUUUGGAUUUGUUCAAAUUUCUCCAAUAUUCAUUUGGGUUCCAGAAAGGAAAUGUGGCCAACCAGAGGGAGCAUUUAAUUCUGCUCAUUGCUAAUACCUACACUCGGCUAUCUCAGAAGCAGUCAUUAAAUUCAAAGAUCAAAGAUGCAGCUUUAGAUGAACUUAUGAGAAAGUUUUUCAAAAACUAUACAAAUUGGUGUAAAUUUUUGGGCAGAAGAAGCAACAUUAGAUUGCCUUAUGUCAAUCAAGAAGCCCAACAGCGCAAAAUUUUGUAUAUUGGGCUUUACCUUCUGAUAUGGGGAGAGGCUUCAAAUUUGAGGUUUAUGCCAGAGUGUCUUUGUUAUAUUUUUCACCAUAUGGCAUAUGAGUUGCACGGUAUGCUAACGGAUGAUGUUAGUGCAGCAACUGGUGAGAAAGUCAUGCCAGCAUAUGGAGGAGAGCCUGAGUCUUUCCUUAACAACAUAGUUACCCCCAUAUAUAGGGUCAUAUAUGAGGAAGCUGAGAAAAAUAAAAAUGGGACAGCUGACUAUUCUACAUGGAGAAACUAUGAUGAUCUGAACGAAUAUUUCUGGUCCCCUGAUUGUUUUGAAAUAGGUUGGCCCAUGCGUUUGGAACAUGAUUUUUUCUGCACGCAAUCUACUAACUGCAAUGCUAGGGGUUCUUGGUUUUCAAGUUUUGCUAGAGAGAAAAAGAUGAAUGAAGAAGGAAAUGAAGAUGAAGAGCAGGGGGCUAUUAUGGAGGAAAAACAUCAACCAAAAUGGUUAGGGAAAACAAAUUUUGUGGAGAUUCGUUCCUUCUGGCAGAUAUUCAGGAGCUUUGAGAGAAUGUGGAGCUUUUUUAUUCUAUCCCUUCAGGCAAUGAUAAUUAUGGCUUGCCAUGAUGUGGGUUCUCCGCUUCAAGUAUUUGAUGCAGAAAUAUUUGAGGAUAUUAUGAGCAUCUUCAUUACAUCUUCAAUCCUUAAACUUAUACAUGCAAUUCUUGAUAUUGCCUUUACAUGGAAAGCAAGAAAGACAAUGGAGUUCUCUCAAAAAAGAAAACAACUGAUAAGGCUUGCUGUUGCAUUGAUCUGGACAAUUAUUCUCCCUGUCUAUUAUGCUCAUUCUAGGAGAAAAUAUACUUGUUAUCCCACACAAUAUGGAAGCUGGCUUGGGGAAUGGUGCUUUUCCUCCUAUAUGGUUGCUGUUGCAAUUUACUUGGUGACUAAUGCAGUUGACUUGGUACUAUUCUUUGUUCCGGCUAUAAGCAAGUACAUUGAAACCUCAGAUUGGCGCUUAUGCAAAGCGUUAUCAUGGUGGGCACAGCCUAGACUGUUCAUUGGUCGUGGAAUGCAGGAAACCCAAGUUUCACUUUUCAAGUAUACAUCUUUCUGGAUACUAGUACUGUCUACUAAAUGUCUCUUCAGCUAUAGUUUUGAGAUAAAACCACUGAUAGAGCCAACAAGAUUAAUCAUGAAAAUUGGUGUGGAAAACUAUGAUUGGCAUGAGCUUUUCCCUAAAGUCAAGAGCAAUGCUGGUGCUAUUGUGGCUGUAUGGACUCCCAUAAUAGUUGUAUAUUUCAUGGACACACAAAUUUGGUAUUCUGUAUAUUGUAUGAUAUUUGGUGGACUUUAUGGAAUUUUGCAUCAUCUUGGGGAGAUCCGUACGUUAGGAAUGCUGAGAAGUAGAUUUCAGACAUUGCCUAAAGCAUUCAAGGUUCGACUUAUUCCACCCCUAUUGAAAAAAGACCAAAACAGAAUCAGAAAAAGUUUCUUCUACAAGAGAUCCCACGAGGUGUCUGAAAGUGGGCAAACUGAUCUGGCAAAGUUUGUUCUAGUUUGGAACCAAAUUGUCCGUAAUUUUAGAUUAGAAGACUUGAUAAGCAACAGGGAAAUGAAUUUAAUGACAAUACCCAUGUCAUCAGAGGUACUUUCUGGAAUAAUUCGUUGGCCUAUUUUCCUUCUUGCAAAUAAGGUUUCCAUGGCACUGAGCAUUGCAACCAAUUUUGUGGGGAAGGAUAAAGUUCUUUUCAGGAAAAUUAAAAAAGAUAAGUACAUGUACUCUGCUGUGAAAGAGUGCUAUGAAUCACUACAGUACAUCCUUGAAGUUCUUGUUGUGGGUGAUCUCGAAAAGAGGGUUAUAUCUACCAUAGUCAAUGAAAUUGAAGAAAGCAUUAGAACAUCAAGUUUUCUUGAGGAAUUCAAGAUGAGGGAGCUCCCAGCUCUGCAAGCUAAAUGUAUUGAGUUGGUUGAAAUUCUAGUUGAGGGAAAUGAAGAUCACCAUGUUAAAGUUGUUAAAGUUCUCCAAGACAUCUUUGAGCUUGUUACACAUGAUAUAAUGACGAAUGGUUCCAGAAUAUUGAAUCUGAUAGACUCCUUUCAAGGAACUGAAGGAGAUUUUACUAUUUUCUCUAAAAGAAUUGAUUCAAUUAAACCACAGUUAUUUGAAUCAGCUGCAAGGAAGGAUGCAGCUGCUAGGAAGGAUGCCAUCCAUUUCCCUUUGCCAGACAAUGCCCCUCUGAAUGAUCAGAUUCAGCGUUUUCUUUUGUUGCUUUCCAUUAAAGAUAAAGCAAUGGAUAUACCUGCAAACUUAGAAGCCCGGAGGCGCAUUUCGUUCUUUGCUACUUCACUCUUCAUGGAUAACAUGCCUAGUGCUCCUAAAGUACACAACAUGUUGUCAUUCAGUGUUAUAACUCCACAUUACAUGGAGGACAUUAAUUACUCAAUGAAGGAGCUACAUUCAAGCAGAGAACAAGUUUCCAUCAUCUUCUACAUGCAAAAAAUAUAUCCAGAUGAAUGGAAGAACUUUCUGGAACGCAUGGAGUGUGAAAAUUUGGAUGCUCUGAAAGAUGAAAACGAGGAAAAGCUUAGAAAUUGGGCCUCUUUUCGGGGACAAACACUCAGCAGAACAGUAAGAGGAAUGAUGUAUUACAGAGAAGCCUUAAAAUUACAAGCAUUUCUUGACUUGGCUGAAGUUGAAGAUAUUCUUGAAGGUUAUGAUUCUUUUGAAAGAAAUAAUCCAAAGUCUGCUAAAUUAGAUGCAUUAGCAGACAUGAAAUUCACACAUGUAGUUUCUUUUCAAAUGUUCGGAGCACAAAAAUCUUCAGGAGACCCCCAUGCAAAAGACAUACUGAAUUUGAUGAUAAGGUAUCCAUCUCUACGUGUUGCAUAUGUUGAAGAGAAAGAGGAGAUCUUAACCAGUAAACCUCAAAAGGAAGAGAAAGAGGAGAUCUUAACAAAUAAACCUCGAAAGGUUUACUCUUCUAUACUGGUUAAAGCUGUCAAUGGUUUUGAUCAGGAAAUAUAUCGCAUAAAGCUUCCUGGUCCUCCAAACAUUGGGGAAGGGAAACCUGAAAACCAGAAUCAUGCAAUAAUAUUUACACGUGGUGAAGCACUUCAAACAAUUGACAUGAAUCAAGAUAAUUAUUUGGAAGAAGCACUGAAAAUGAGAAAUCUUUUGCAAGAAUUUCUUUCGAACCAUGGACGACGGCCUCCUACAAUACUUGGUUUAAGGGAGCACAUAUUCACUGGAAGUGUUUCUUCUUUAGCAUGGUUUAUGUCAUAUCAAGAGACCAGCUUUGUCACCAUUGGUCAAAGAAUUCUUGCCAAUCCUCUUAGGGUACGAUUCCACUAUGGGCAUCCAGAUGUAUUUGAUAGGAUCUUUCAUAUCACCAGAGGUGGCAUAAGCAAAGCAUCAAAAACCAUCAACUUGAGUGAGGAUGUUUUUGCUGGGUUUAAUUCUACCUUAAGGCAGGGAUGCAUCACAUAUCAUGAAUACCUGCAAGUUGGUAAAGGUCGUGAUGUAGGCCUAAGUCAGAUCUCAAAGUUUGAAGCCAAAGUGGCUAAUGGAAAUAGUGAACAAACUUUAAGCCGUGACAUAUACCGUCUAGGACGUCAAUUUGAUUUUUUUCGGAUGCUAUCUUGUUACUUCACCACCAUUGGGUUCUACAUUAGUAGCCUGAUUUCAGUGAUUGGAAUUUAUGUGUUCCUUUACGGACAGCUCUACCUGGUCCUCAGCGGACUGCAGAAAGCACUCAUUCUUGAGGCUAGGAUGCAAAACAUAGAAUCUCUGGAAACAGCUCUUGCUUCACAGUCAUUUAUACAGCUUGGGCUCUUAACAGGCUUGCCAAUGGUGAUGGAAAUUGGUCUUGAGAAAGGAUUUCUUACUGCCCUCAAAGAUUUUGUUCUCAUGCAGCUCCAGCUUGCCUCUGUUUUCUUCACCUUCUCCCUUGGAACAAAAACUCAUUAUUAUGGUCGAACAGUUUUUCAUGGUGGAGCUAAGUAUAGACCUACUGGACGUAAGGUCGUGGUGUCCCAUGCAAGCUUUGCUGAGAACUACAGACUAUAUUCACGGAGUCACUUUGUUAAAGGAUUUGAACUGUUGCUCUUGUUAAUUGUUUAUGAUUUGUAUAGGAGGUCCUAUGAGAGCAGCAUGGCAUAUGUGUUAAUCACCUACUCUGUUUGGUUCAUGUCAAUAACCUGGCUGUUUGCGCCAUUUCUAUUUAAUCCUUCUGGAUUCAAUUGGGACAAGAUAGUAGAUGAUUGGAAAGAUUGGAAUAAGUGGAUCAAGGAGCAAGGAGGUAUAGGAAUUCAACAGGAUAAAAGUUGGCAAUCGUGGUGGAAUGAUGAGCAAGCACACCUUCGUCAAUCAGGUUUUGGUGCUAGGUUGUGUGAAAUUAUUCUCUCUCUCCGGUUUUUCAUGUAUCAGUAUGGCCUGGUCUAUCACUUAGACAUCUCCCAACAGAGCAAAAAUUUCCUGGUUUAUGUGCUCUCCUGGGUUGUCAUUGUUGCAGUUUUUCUGACAGUUAAGGCAGUGAACUUGGGAAGGCAACUCUUUAGCGCUAAGUACCAGCUGAUGUUUAGGUUAUUCAAAGCAUUCCUCUUCCUCGGUGUCAUAGCCGUCAUUACCACUCUUUCUGUCAUUUGUGAACUCUCUUUGAGGGAUCUGAUUGUAUGCUGUCUAGCAUUUUUACCAACCGGAUGGGGUUUAAUAUUGAUUGCACAGGCUGUGAGGCCCAAGAUAGAGUACACAGGAUUAUGGCACUUCACACAGGUACUUGCACAGGCAUAUGAUUAUGGAAUGGGAAUUGUGAUCUUUGCUCCAAUUGCUAUAUUGGCAUGGCUUCCCAUCAUAUCAGCCUUCCAGACUCGCUUCCUUUUCAAUGAGGCUUUCAAUCGGCAUCUGCAAAUUCAGCCAAUUCUUGCAGGGAAGAAAAAACAGUGAUAAUUUUCCUGACAAUCUUAAUGUAUUUUUCAAUUUACUUGUACAGUCAAGUCAUUUUGGUAAAUUUCCUCAAUAAAUUUGUACAUGUUCAAAAACUUGUUUUAUAGGGCGACGGUUCAUUUGAUUAUCAAUAUAGAAUGUAGAACUAC